AAGCAGUAGAGGUUCGCGAGAACUGCUUGCUCUCAGCUGCCGUGCAAUCUUUCAAAAUGCCAUGAUGUCAGCGACUGGCUUGCCAGCUUUACCUGCCCUAGUGAGGAGGGAACAGGUCAGGUUCUCCUCCCUUGUUGCGUGAUACUUCAGGGUGGUAACUUCCUGCUUUCGAGUUUAGUAAAGAAAGGAACGUGAGCAAGCAAAGUAGGUGUAUAACCCCUUUACCAUAAAGUAUAGGUUGACGGAUUAAGGAAAAAGGGGGGAAAAGAGAACCUGGUGUUAUCUUUUUCUAUAUACAUGAGAGGCAUCUACGGAUCCGAAAAGACAUGCUAGAGGAUUUAACAGCAAAGCGUCGUGAUCACCCGGACUCUUCUACAAAUCCCUUGAUUGCACAUGAGCCUACUUUGGGUCAUAGUGACUCAAAGACUAAUAGCGGCAGUAGCAGCAGUAAACCCAACAUGCCGCGAGGUCGUACCUCUAUUGCCACAACUGCUGAUGAGCAGCCACAUAUUGGAAACUAUCGCCUCCUCAAAACCAUCGGCAAGGGCAACUUUGCAAAGGUUAAGCUGGCUCGACAUGUACUGACUGGAAAAGAGGUUGCUGUAAAAAUUAUUGACAAAACUCAGCUGAAUUCGUCAAGUCUACAGAAGCUCUUCAGGGAAGUCAGAAUCAUGAAGGUUUUAAACCACCCCAACAUAGUCAAGUUAUUUGAAGUUAUAGAAACUGAGAAGACAUUGUAUCUGGUUAUGGAGUAUGCCAGUGGAGGUGAAGUAUUUGACUAUUUAGUUGCUCAUGGACGAAUGAAAGAAAAAGAAGCUCGUGCCAAAUUCCGGCAGAUUGUUUCUGCUGUUCAGUAUUGUCACCAGAAGUUAAUUGUACACAGAGACUUGAAGGCUGAGAAUCUGCUGUUAGACUCUGAUAUGAACAUUAAGAUAGCCGAUUUUGGGUUCAGCAACGAGUUCACUUUUGGGAACAAGCUGGACACUUUCUGUGGAAGUCCACCCUAUGCAGCACCAGAACUUUUCCAAGGGAAGAAGUAUGAUGGUCCUGAGGUGGAUGUGUGGAGUCUAGGUGUUAUUCUUUAUACCUUGGUUAGCGGUUCUCUGCCUUUCGAUGGGCAGAAUCUCAAGGAGCUACGGGAGCGAGUAUUAAGAGGAAAAUAUCGUAUUCCUUUUUACAUGUCUACAGAUUGUGAAAACCUACUUAAAAAAUUCCUCAUAUUGAACCCCAGCAAGAGGGGUACGCUAGAGCAAAUCAUGAGGGACCGCUGGAUGAAUGUGGGGCAUGAAGAUGAUGAACUGAAGCCCUAUGUGGAGCCAACUCCAGAUUACAAAGACCCCAAAAGAACAGAGAUGAUGGUAUCUAUGGGUUACAGCCGGGAGGAGAUUCAGGAUUCUCUUGUUCACCAGAAAUAUAAUGAGAUCAUGGCCACUUACCUACUGCUUGGAUACAAGCCAACUGAGAUGGACAGUGAAAACCUCAAACCCAGACCCCCUCCAGACCUCACAAACAGCACAGCCCCAUCCCCUGCUCACAAGGUGCAGCGCAGUGUAUCAGCUAACCCCAAGCAGAGAAGACUCAGUGACCAGCCUGGCCCAGCCAUCCCAACCUCAAACUCAUACUCCAAGAAGACCCAAAGUAACAACGCUGAAAAUAAGCGACCAGAAGAGGAAAAGGAUAGUGGGCGCAGAUCCAAUAGCACAGUCAGAGUGCCUCCUAGCCCUUUAUCAGGACUAGAGCGUAAGAGGACAACACCAACUCCUUCAACGAACAGUGUCCUGUCUACUGGCACUAAUAGAAGCCGCAACUCCCCCAUGCUGGAUAGAGCCAACCUAGGACCCGGAUCUGUUCAGAAUGGCAAGGACAGCUUCUCCACGCCUGGUUCCCGUGCUUCCACUGCUUCCGCCCCAGCCACUUCUGCUCGGAUCCGUCAGCACCAGAAAUCCAUGUCAACCUCUGUGCACCCCUCAAAACCCGCUCCCUCUUUGGAGGGCAACUGUGACUCCCAAAGAUCCAGCACGGCUCCACAGCGACUUCCAGUGGCAUCCCCUUCAGCUCACAACAUUAGUAGUGCUGCCCCAGACAGGGCCAACUUUUCCCGUGGUGUCACCAGCCGCAGCACUUUUCAUGCAGGUCAAAUUCGCCAAGCUCGGGACCAGCAAAAUCUGCAAUUUGGAGGUGUCACGCCAGCAUCUCCUUCAGGAAACAGCCAAGGACGACGGGGGGGAGCAACAGGGAGCAUCUUCAGCAAGUUCACUUCAAAGUUUGUGCGCAGAAAUCUGUCUUUCAGAUUUCCAAGAAGGAACCCAAAUGAUCCAGAAGGGAAAGAACGAGUGGAGAGCACCAGGCCUCAGCUCACAGUACUCGACAAGGAGAAAGAGGACUUGCGGGACUCCAAGCCACGCUCGCUACGCUUCACCUGGAGCAUGAAAACCACCAGCUCUAUGGAGCCCAAUGAGAUGAUGAGUGAAAUUCGCAAGGUGCUGGAUGCCAACAACUGUCAGCACGAAUCACAAGAGAAGUACAUGCUGCUUUGUGUUCACGGUUCACCAGGCCACGACAGCUUUGUGCAAUGGGAGAUGGAGGUGUGCAAGCUUCCACGCCUAUCACUCAACGGCGUACGCUUCAAGCGUAUAUCUGGCACUUCUAUGGCAUUCAAGAACAUUGCCUCAAAAAUUGCAAAUGAGCUCAAGCUUUAACGAGGAUUCUUCUUUUUGAGCGACAGAGACAGACUUGCAAAUUAAACUUUCUCAGCCACCCCCUAACGGUUGCCCAAAAGGAAGUUAUGGGAAACAACACCUUUAUUUCUCCCAUCAGCCCCGUUCUGGAAGGGGCAGGUCAGGAAAUGAGGAUGAGGCCGGCUGGGCGGACAGAGAUAACUGCUUUUCCUUUCAUUGUAGGUUUUGAGGGUAUUUUAUUUGGAAUAGAUUUAUAAUUAUUUUCUUUUUUUUCUUUUUUUUUUUUUUUUAAUGGGUUUGGGACUCAGAUUAUGUAAUAGAUAAAUGGGCAGGGGUGAAAGGACACCUUAAGUUGGUAAACCCUCCUGAAAAUGUUAUUCAUGUCAGCUAACGCUGCUGUUAUCCCUGGUACAGAUUAGGAAUCAGAGGAUGAAUGACAUUAUGGACGUGAGGUAGGGUAAUCCCUGCAUUCCAUGCUCUAGAACACAAACAAGUUUCAUGUCACAUUGUACAGAAAGAGUUUAAAAUCAUGUCUUUGACACUGAAAUAAAAGCUCAGGGUGCCCAAAAUAUACAGGUACAGACAGACGCACAGACAGUAUGUAGGAAGUUUGUGCGGUGACUGAAUUUGUAUGGAGGAAACCUGGUGGGCAACUGAUUUAUAAAUAAAUAUAAAUACAGGUUUA